AUGGCCGGAAAACGCACUGGAACAUCCCCGCCGUCCGGCGGCAACAAGAUGACUGGCAGCGCCUCCGCGCGCAUCCAGUCCACGCAAGCCAAGGGGGGAAACGACACCGGCAAGGGGAGUUUCCCCGCUCGUGUUCAGUCCGCUGCUGCUCGCAAUACGAACGCAGGUAGCGCUGCGGGUGCCGGCGCUGGAGGAAAGGCUGGCGGUGCUAAGGGUAACAAGGCAUAA